GGAGCUUUCCUGCGAGGCGCGGCGGCGCGGAUCUGCAGAACGUCCACAUCUUGCCGCAGACCGUCCUGUACAUGGCCGAUUCAGACACAUUCAUUAGCCUGGAGGAGUGUCGCGGUCACAAGCGAGCCAGGAAGAGAGCGACGAUGGAGACCGCCAUGGCCCUGGAGAAGCUGUUCCCGAGACAGUGCCAGAUCCUGGGGAUCGUGGCCCCAGGGAUCGUCGUGACGCCCAUGGGCCCCGGGAGCAGUCGGCCUCAGGAGAUAGAGAUUGGAGAGUCUGGGUUUGCCCUGCUGUUCCCUCAGGUGGAAGGAAUAAAAAUACAACCCUUCCGUUUUGUCAAGAAUCCAAAGAAUUUAUCGCUAGAAAGACGUCGCUUCACCGAAGCUGGCCUCCUGGACAACCCCGAGCUCCGCGUGGUGCUGGUGUUCGGCUACAACUGCUGCCGGGUGGGGGCCAGCAGCUACCUGCAGCGCGUGGUCCGCACCUUCAGCGACACGAACGUCGUGGUGGCCGGGGGCCAGGUGGACAACCUGGUCUCACUGACCUCUGACACGUACAGAGAGAAUCACUGCCGGGACACGGUGGGCUUCAUGUUCGCCUGCGUGGGCCGCGGCGCCCAGUUCUACCGGGCCCAGGGCAACGUGGAGGCCGACGCCUUCCGGAAGGCCUUCCCCGGUGUGCCCCUGUUCGGCUUCUUCGGCAACGGCGAGAUCGGGUGCGACCGCAUCGUCACGGGGAACUUCGUGCUGCGGCGCUGCGGCGCGGUGCGGGACGAGGACCUGUUCCACAGCUACACCACCGUCCUGGCGCUGGUGCACCCGGGGGCCUCCCGGUGAGGCCGCGGCCCCCC